UAGCGUAUCUCAUCUCCCCCAAAUUCCUCAUUUGACUUUCAUUCCUCUCUCUUUAUCAUUAUCCACUUCUUCUACUGGAUUCCACAUUCUUCGUUUCUCUCCUCACCCGAUCAUUCAAAUUCCCACUACUCUCGCCUUCGAUCAUGUCAUUUUCACUCAUUUUCCCAAAUUAUCACUAAUUUGCUAUACCUGAAUUCCUUCACCAAUUUCAUCCUUCCGAUCGAUUUAACUUUCUCCGAUUGAUGGCCACAGUUAGUAGGUUCUACCAAUUGUGACUCUGGGAUCCGUGUUUCCCCCAAUUCUCUGCAAUUUUAUAUUAUGUUGAUCUCGAUGAAAAUCGAGGAGCUCGAUGAUGGCGCGGAGAGUAUUAUAGAGAGCAAGCACACCAGUUACAGCGAAGCGAGGCUGAUCGCUGUUAGGGUUGACGCAAAAAGGGAUUUAGUCGGAGCUGGGGCUCGCAUCCUGUUCUAUCCAACCCUUUUGUACAACGUUUUCCGCAACAAAAUUCAAGCCGAGUUCCGGUGGUGGGAUCAAAUCGAUCAGUAUCUACUGCUUGGUGCUGUUCCAUUUCCGAAGGAUGUACCUCGUUUGAAGCAUCUCGGAGUUGGCGGUGUAAUUACACUGAAUGAGCCCUACGAGACUCUGGUCCCGACAUCUUUGUACUAUGCUAAUGGGAUAGAUCAUCUUGUCAUCCCUACUAGGGAUUAUCUCUUUGCUCCUUCUGUUGGGGAUAUUAACCGUGCAGUGGAUUUCAUUCACAGAAAUUCUUUGAGUGGUCAAACAACAUACGUCCAUUGCAAAGCUGGGCGAGGAAGGAGCACAACCAUUGUUCUCUGUUAUCUGGUUCGAUAUAAGCAUAUGACACCCACUGCUGCACUUGAAUACGUUCGUUCUAGAAGACCCAGGGUGCUAUUAGCUCCAAUCCAAUGGAAGGCAGUUCUAGAAUAUCAGCAGCAAUGCAUGGCUUCAAAAACGGUCUGCACAUCUGGGGAUGCCGUGUUAAUAACAAAAGCUGAUCUUGAAGGGUACAACAGUCCUUGCAACGACAACUCUGGCAAGGAGCUUGCUGUCGUGUGUAGAAGGCCGAACACAAGUCCGAUGAUGGCCAAGUUGUCAUGCCUUUUCGCAUCUCUGAGGGUUUCGGGCAAUUAUGGACCUGUAAUGAGACAGCUGACUGAGGCGCGUGCUUGCUGAAUUUUACCCUUUCCCGAGCAGCUUGCCUGCGCAGACAAGUGUAAGUUAAUCCUGUGUUUCCCAAGUAGAUCACGAUAAAAUAAAAAGGGUCAUGACUCGGAGAAGAAUACUUUCAACAUUGUAUAUAUUGUUGGAUUUGCUUCUGUAUAUAUGUAUAUCAGAUCGAGUUGAGUUGAGUUGAGUCAA